GUCCAACCCCGCCAAUCCACUGUCAACAAGGCAGUUUCGCACAACACGGACAACAAACAAAACAACGUCAUGUGCAGAAGCCCGAUCUCCACACAACAACACGUGUGAUCGCAGAUUGGUUCACUUAAUCUGCAGGGGGAUUGAGACAGCUCAGUCAUUGAAGCCUGAGCAUUUCGACGUCACCGUUCAACGUCCACCAACCAAUCCACCAUGGCCGACGACCUCAACAGCUCAGACCACGAAGACGCCUUCGCAUCGCCGCCCAACCCAGGCUCGGGUCGCUCCAAGACACCCGUCAAUCACAGUUCACGAUUCGAUACAGAAGAAGCUCGAGAGGCAGCGCUGCGCAAGGAACUGGAAGGGGUCAGGAAGGUCAACGAGGUAAUCGAGGGCGUCAUUGGGACGCUGGAGCGGGCCAAGGGGAACAUGGGGACGGUCUCCAAGACGGUCGAGAACGCCUCCACUCUUCUCAACACGUGGACCCGCAUUCUGUCGCAGACGGAACACAACCAGCGGCUGAUUCUGAACCCGGAAUGGAAGGGCGCUACGCAGGACCUGAUCGACAUUGAGAACGAGGCGCUGCAGAAGCAGCAGGAGGCCGAGAGGCGGGCAGCAGAAGCGGAGCGGCGGCGCGAAGAGGCGCGGCGAAAGGCAGAGGAGGAGGAGAGGAGAAGAGCGGCGGGCGCGGCGCCGACGACGUCCAGGGGAACCGGCCGCGGCGUCACAAGGGGGAGAGUUCGAGGGUUGUCGAGAGGCGGUGCGAUGUCGUCAUCGUCGUCGUCGGCGUACGGGGCCGAUACCACGGCAAGCAGCGUGGCAAGCUCGAGAAGUACGUCGGGGAUAGGCAGAGGCGGGUUCGGUUAUGGGAGAGGAGGGCGGUCGAGGGGCGUGAGAUGAAUACCAUGCCCCCUGGCUAAGGUCUAAAUGCUUUAUCCUGACUAUUCCCUGAUGCCGCCGUGACUGCCCUGAACGCCACGCCA